UUAUUUGGUAUCAAUGUGGGUUCAAUGCUUAUCUCUUGAAACAUAGUAGACUGGUUGCUAAUGGAGUACCAGCCGUUGGAUCUCAUCACGGUUGAUGAAAUCUCAGCCGUUGGAGUUCCAUCGGACGAUGCGGAGAGGCUUUGUUCGGAGCUCGCAGCCAUCGUCGCCGAGCACGGGAGCUCCGGCCCGGAGACAUGGAAGAGCAUCUCACGGCGGCUCCUCAGCCCCGACCAGCCCUUCGCCGUCCACCAGAUGAUGUACUAUGGCUGCUACAAAGGUUAUUACUCGGAUACUCCUCCGGCUUGGAUCCCUGACAGGGAGACCGCAGUGUUGACCAAUAUUGGUAAAUUACUAGAGAGUCGAGGAAAAGAAUUACUUGGCUUAAGAUAUAAAGAUCCCAUCUCAAGCUUUUCUGAUUUUCAAGAAUUUUCCACCUUAAAUCCUGAGGCAUAUUGGAAAAUGGUGCUUGAAGAGAUGAGGAUAUCCUUCUUUGUGCAACCUUCUUGCAUCUUGCAAGAAAAUCCUUCUUUCCCUGGCGGACAAUGGUUUCCUGGGGCUUUUCUCAAUUCUGCUUGGAAUUGUUUGAAUUUGAACGACAAAAAAAGCUUGGAAGAUGUAGCAGUUAUAUGGAGGGAUGAAGGAUAUGAUUUACUACCAGUGCACCGCAUGACACUGAACGAAUUGCGUGCAGAAGUCUGUCUAGUUGCAAAUGCAAUUGAAACAUUGGGAUUAUCAAAAGGAUCUGCGAUUGCCAUUGAUAUGCCAAUGACUGUGAAUGCUGUAAUUAUCUACCUCGCUAUUGUUCUAGCAGGCUUUGUAGUUGUCUCCAUUGCUGAUAGCUUUGCUCCACUUGAAAUAUCAACGAGACUUACAAUAUCAUCAGCAAAAGCAAUAUUUACCCAGGAUUUUAUACCCCGUAGUGAUAAGAAACUUCCUUUAUACAGUAGAGUCAUUGAUGCCAAUGCGCCUCUGGCAAUUGUCAUCCCUGCUAGUGGAUCCACCUUCAGCUGUGAAUUACGCACUGGUGACAUAUCCUGGCUAGACUUUUUGGGAAGAGUUGCAUGUUCUAAGCCAAAUGAGUAUGAUGCAGAAAAACAACCUGUAGAUGCGUUCACCAACAUCCUAUUUUCUUCCGGAACCACAGGUGAACCAAAAGCGAUUCCGUGGACACAUGCAACUCCUAUCAAGGCUGCGGCCGAUGCUUGGUGUCAUAUGGAUGUUCAAAAGGGUGAUGUAGUUGCAUGGCCUACUAAUCUUGGAUGGAUGAUGGGUCCUUGGCUUGUUUAUGCCACUUUACUUAAUGGAGCUUCCAUGGCUCUAUACAAUGGCUCUCCCCUUGGCUCUGGAUUUGCAAAAUUUGUACAGGAUGCAAAAGUAACAAUGCUAGGGGUGGUUCCAAGCAUUGUUCGAGCUUGGAAAAAUGCGAACUGUACAGCAGGUUUCGAUUGGUCUAACAUUCGAUGCUUUAGCUCCACCGGUGAGGCAUCCAGCGUAAAUGAGUACUUGUGGUUGAUGGGAAGAGCUCACUACAAGCCUGUUAUAGAAUAUUGUGGUGGCACUGAGAUCGGUGGUGGAUUUGUUACUGGUUCACUUCAGCAACCUCAAGCAGUGUCUGCUUUUAGUACACCCGCCAUGGGAUGCAAUCUUCUGAUCCUCGACAGUGAUGGAAAUCCUCUUCCACGAAAUACACCAGGUAUCGGCGAGCUAGCCCUUGACCCAACUAUGUUUGGUUCAUCAACAACAUUACUAAAUGCAGAUCACUAUGAUGUUUACUUUAAAGGCAUGCCAACUUGGAAUGGAAAAGUCCUCCGGAGACAUGGAGAUGAAUUCGAAUAUACAGCCGGAGGAUAUUAUAAGGCGCACGGUCGUGCAGAUGACACUAUGAAUCUAGGUGGCAUUAAGAUAAGUUCAAUUGAGAUCGAGCGAGUCUGUAAUGGAGUCGAUGAGAGCAUCCUUGAAACAGCUGCGUUUGGGUUGCCACCUUCCGGAGGUGGACCAGAGCAGUUAGUCAUUGCAGUUGUCUUCAAAGAUCAAACAUUGUCAUCACAAAUUAAUAUGGAUCAAUUAAAACAGGCGUUUAAUUCUGCAUUGCAGAAGAAGCUAAAUCCUUUGUUCAAGGUUUCAUCUGUUAUGGCUGUUCCAUCCCUUCCCCGAACAGCUUCGAACAAAGUGAUGAGAAGAGUUCUUAGGCAGCAAUCUUCCCAACUCGGCAAACUCUCGAAAUUUUAAAGAUGCAAAUGUUCUCAGAUAUCGACAUCUGAUCUAUAUAUCUUUGUCGAGUCCAUCCUCAUGCAAACAAGAUUGUCAUUGAAGAAACUUUGUUUUUCUAGUAACAUGUUACAGAUGCUUUCUUCCAACAGCAGAAUAAUACUUCAAAAUCUCAUUCGAACCGAUGUAGAAUACGAUUUUGGCAAAUCUUGAUCUUCGUCUUUGUAAAAAAUACGUGGAAUAUUUCUGUAAAUUAAUAAACAUAAUGCCGAGAACAUUUUGUGCAUUCUUUGAUUAA